UUGUUAAACUUGAACUAUUAUGUUAUAAUUUUGUUAAGCUUUAUCAAAUAACAAGUUCAUCUAUAUUGUCAUUCCAUAAAUACAACUCUCGUAGAUGUACGACUUUGGGCGUUUAGCUGUAAGAUUUAUUUAGGGAAGACGAUUUAUUUACCAGGAUCCGGAUUUGACUCGAAAUCACCCAAGUCCAAGGCACAGCUGCAGGACUUGACCGGACCCCGGAGAGACAGGAUCGGAAGACUGUCGGCGGGGCCGGGGCCGCCUCGUUGGCUUGGUGCUGAAUGCUGCCGGCAUAGUCCAGCUCCAUGUAUGUUAAUCGGGAUAAUCAUCAGAUGCGGAAACACACAUUCUAUCAUUGACUGUAAGAGCGAUUGAUAAUCAUGCCUCUGGUGGCAGGUUUGAUCUACACUGUGUAUGGGACCUUCGCUGGUCUUGUGACAGCAUGUGUGCUGCUGACAUUAAUUUCCAAGAGGCUGAGCGGUCAGCAGCAUAGCACUGGUAACAAUCCAACAUUUGUUCAAUUCCAGAGGAAAUAUUUUUUGGCCUACUUCCUUGCCCUUGCUGCUGAUUGGCUUCAAGGACCGUAUCUUUAUAAACUAUACAGUUACUAUGGUUUUCUUGAGUCACAGAUUACUGUACUUUAUGUCUGUGGAUUUGCUGCAAGUGUAGUCUUUGGGAGUCUCACCAGCACCUUGGCUGAUCGAUUUGGUCGCAAGAAAUUGUGUAUAACCUUCUGUAUAGUGUACUCUGUAUCAUGUUUCAUGAAGCUUUCAAGAAGCUAUGGACUUCUUAUCAUUGGUAGGAUUCUUGGAGGAGUGUCAACAUCUCUUCUCUUCACAGCGUUUGAGGCAUGGUAUGCGCAUGAACACCUUGAAACGCAUGACUUCCCAAAGGAGUGGCUUUCUGUUACCUUCUCAAAGGCAACUGUGUGGAAUGGAGCUCUUGCUGUUGGUGCAGGAAUUGUCGCAAACAUCAUCGCUGGGCCGUUUGGCUGGGGCCCAGUCUCGCCAUUUCUUCUAGCCAUCCCUCUUCUCGUUGCUUCGGGACUGAUCGUGGCUACUUCAUGGAAGGAGAAUUACAGCGAGCAACGUGUCAACUGCUCUAAAACCUGCGGUGAAGGAAUGCGACACAUCGUCAGUAGCCGACGGAUGAUGCUAAUUGGUGCAAUGCAAUCACUCUAUGAGAGUGUCAUGUAUAUCUUCAUCUUUAUUUGGACACCAGUCCUUGAUCCCUAUCAACUUCCCCUAGGUCUUAUCUUUUCUAAUUUCAUGUUGUGUAUCAUGAUCGGAUCAUCUGUCUAUCAAAUCCUCACCAGCUUCAGACAUUCUCCUGUAGUUCUAGUCAAUGCAGCUAUCAUUAUAGCACUCGUAUCAACUCUUAUUUGUGUAGGUUCUACUAAACCUCUUCAGGAGCAUCCAACAGUUUCCUACUUUGCCUUCCUCCUGCUAGAGCUGGCUUGUGGGAUCUAUUUCCCUGCGAUGGGUUUCCUUCGAGGCAAGAUCCUUCCCGAGUCCCAUCGAGCUGGAAUAAUGAACUGGUUCCGUGUUCCACUCAACUUAAUAGCAUGUAUUGGUCUCAUGGUACUUCAUGAUGAACCUACUAAGGCUGGUACUAGACAUAUCUUUAUUAUCUGUUCAGCAUUAUUAGGUGUUGCUCUGUGUUGUGGAGUGCAGUUUGGUUCAAUUACAAAGAAUGACUCAACUCUUACAGAGGAUGGUGAAAGUAGUGAUAUCGCAUAGAGAGGCAUUGAACUUUGUUAUUCCAUUUUGUGUUUUCUAAAUUACUAAGAAAGGGAAAACCUAAGCAAAAAGUUAUUUUUAUCAGAAGAAAAAAAAAUCAGACAAGUACAUGGGUGAAAGUGUUGACAAAAUCGGACAAACUUUGAGAAAGUCAUGUAUCUUUAAAAGUUGUAAAAAUCAGCUGCAUUUGGUGAUGUCAUAGUGAUAAAGGCAAGGACUGCUCUCCUAUAUACUCCAUAAAAUUGUUAUAUUGUCGGGGAGAGGGGUUAAAUGUUAUGUAAAAAAUUAAAACUAUAUAUAUAUUUUUUGUUCAUUACGAUAUAAAGCAUACAUACUACAUCAGUUAUAUUUGGAUUACUUCCACAAGGGAAUAUGUACUUGAAAGAAAACCACAAAUCCUUUAUAAGUACAUGGCUUAUGACUAUUGAAUAGUUGUCAUUCACACUUGUUGUAAUUUACUUACCCAGUUGCCAAUUUGAAAGUUAAAUAGUUUUAGGGAUCUCAAUUUUUAAAAAGUCAUAACUUUCUUUAUCCAAUUUUUUUUCUCAAUCUUUCACCAUUCUCUUUUUCCUAUUUGUCCUCCUUUUCCAUAAAAUAUUUAAUGAGAUUGGAUUCUCCUUUCAGUAUGAUAUGAAGUAUUUUUAAAAAUUAAACAUCCUAAAAUCUAUUUAAAUAGCUAACAAUAAGCAUAAGUUAUAUCUGAGUUGGCUUUAGCAUUGAUAUAAAAAUAAAUUUUAAGAUUGAUGAAACACUCCUUUCUCAUUCCUGCACUUUAAUAUGAAAUUAUAAAAGGAAGUAUUUAUGUGUACCCAUUUGUAUGUAGUAUUUUAAAAUCUAUUUUUGAAGUUUGCUUGUAUAUUUGUAGUUUUUUGUAUAUAUCUAAAGGUCUAAAGGAAUUGUUGGGCUAGUCCCAUGAGUAUAUUUGAUGCACUUAAUAAGAUAUCACCAUCAUUAUUAUUAUACCCCUGCCAAAUAAAGUUUGAAGGGGUAGGAAUCAGUGUACAGUUGGGCUGGCGGUGGGUCAAUUGCAAAUCUUGCGCAUCAAACUACUUCCUCAGUUUUUAACCAAUUCUCAUGAUAUUUGGUACAGGUAUUGGUGUUGCGGUAAAGAUGUGCAAGGCACAUUUGUCAUAUGUGUCAGAAAUUGUGUUGCCAUGGUAACAGUAUAUACAUGUAAUGGCAAAAAUGAAGUAAAAAUCUAGCAGUUCAACCUAC